AUGAAUGUUGAUUCCAUAAUUUCAUCUGUUAUGAGUCAUGAUACUUGUAAACAUAGGUGGUUUGAAACAGAUGUGCUUUGUAUUGACAAGGUUUCAUUUGCUGGAGUUCAAAAUUCAAGAAUGAAUGUUGAUUCCAUAAUUUCAUCUGUUAUGAGUCGGGAUACUUGUAAACAUAGGUGGUUGGAAACCGAUGUGCUUUGUAUUGACGAGGUUUCGCAACCCAGUGCUAAAAACAUUGAACUGAUGAAUGUUUUAGCACAGCAAGUUAGAGGCUCAAUAAAAUUAUCUGGGGGACUACAUGUAAUUUGUAUUGGAGAUUUCUUCCAGCUACCACCAACUGAAAAUUAUGUGGACAAAGGGAGGUAUUGUUUUGAAAGCAUAUUAUGGCAACAUAUGUUUAAUCAUUCUGUAAUGCUAAAGACAGUAUAUCACCAAGAUCCAGAAGAGAAAUAA